GCGCAGGAGGAGCGCUCCGCCGGCUACAACGCUCCGCGAGCCGGCGCGGCAACACCUGUUCGCGGCAGCCAGGGCGGCACGCGAGCUCCCGGACGCGGCUCUGCUCGCCCGCCGCUCGCCACCCGUUCUGAGCCAAUGGACAUCUGCCGGACCUCUGGAGAAUUCCGGAUACUAGCUUUGGACGCCUGAAGUUUCUUCUUCUUUUUGUAUUAUUGUGUUUUUGAGGGGGGGACCGGGAGGGUCGAUGUGUCGCCGCCACCAACGUGAGAUUUUUUUUCCCCUUGAAGGAUUCAUGCUGAUGUCUGCAGAGUCGGUCAGAGAGUAAAAACGGCGCAUGCCUUCCUGGAGUCGGGAUCCGUAAAUUCUGACGUAGCCCGUGCAUCUUAAAAUCCCUAUAAUAACGCCCAGGCAUUUAAGUUGCUAUGGUCAUUCUCAUCUCAAACCAAAUGGAGAAACUACAGAUUUUUUUCCUUAUUACGGUCGGAUGGGAUGAAGACCUUCCUGCCUACUAAGAGCUGGGGAUCUAUCCAUAGAGAUACAUAGAUAUGUUUAUCAGUAUGUCAGUGUGUGAGUAUAAAGUGGUGGUUUCUUAGAUUAUCAGUGGUUUGACCUUGAACCUGUGCCAGUGAAACAGCAGAUUACUUUUAUUUAUGCAUUUAAUGGAUUGAAGAAAGGACCUUUUUUUUUUUCUCUCUCUGCAACUGCAGUGAGGGAGGGGAGUUGGAUAUACCUCGUCUAAUAUCUUCUCCUGGGUCGACACCAUCAUUAUUGUUUAUUCUUGUGCUCCAAAAGCCGAGUCCUCUGAUGGCUCCCUUAGGUGAAGUUGGGAACUAUUUCGGUGUACAGGAUGCGGUACCGUUUGGAAAUGUGCCCGUGCUGCCGGUGGACAGCCCGGUUUUGUUAAGUGACCACCUGGGUCAGUCCGAAGCAGGGGGGCUCCCCAGGGGACCCGCAGUCACGGACUUGGAUCAUUUAAAGGGGAUUCUCAGGCGGAGGCAGCUAUACUGCAGGACUGGAUUUCACUUAGAAAUCUUCCCCAAUGGCACUAUCCAGGGAACCAGGAAAGACCACAGCCGAUUUGGCAUUCUGGAGUUUAUCAGCAUAGCGGUCGGCCUGGUCAGCAUCCGCGGUGUGGACAGUGGACUCUACCUCGGGAUGAAUGAGAGAGGGGAGCUGUAUGGAUCAGAAAAACUAACCCAAGAGUGUGUAUUCAGAGAACAGUUUGAAGAAAACUGGUAUAAUACGUACUCAUCGAACCUGUAUAAACACGUGGACACUGGAAGGCGAUACUAUGUUGCAUUAAAUAAAGACGGGACUCCAAGAGAAGGGACCAGGACUAAACGGCACCAGAAAUUCACACAUUUUUUACCUAGACCAGUGGACCCGGACAAAGUACCUGAACUAUAUAAGGAUAUUUUAAGCCAAAGUUGACAAAGACAAUUUCUUCACUUGAGCCCUUAACAAAGUAACCACUAUAAAGGUUUCAUGCGGUGGGUUCGUAUUGAUUAGCUGUGUCAUCACAUCAGCUCCACUGUUGCCAAACUUUGUCGCAUGCAUAAUGUAUGAUGGAGGCUUGGAUGAGAACAUGCUGAUUUUCUUCUGCACUUAAAGGCUCCUUCUCCUGGAGUGCUGCCUAGGGCCACUUGCUUGAUUGAUUGUGAAAGAAGAGGAGAGAGAGGCUGAGCGAGAGAGGUAUGAGUGUGUGAGUGGAUGAGGAGCAGGGGAACCGAAAGUAGCAAAGGCGGAGAGGACAGCAGCCUCAUGCAUGCGGGGACAGACACGCUUUUACAUUUUGAUCAGCUGUACUUCAUCCUGCAUCAGCACAGCUGCCACACUUCAACUCAUCAGGAUUUUGGCUGGUGGCCUGCGCAAAGGUACGCUGCACUUUCAAAGGCAUGGAGGGUGCAGUCUUACUUAAAAGACUUUUUCAGUUCUCACUGGCAUCAUCCCAGUGACUUAAAGCAAAGACCUCUUAGUAAAAGAAAAAAAAAAAGAAAAAAGAAAAAAAAGAAAAAAAAAUUAAAUUUAUUUAUAGAAAUUCCAAAGGC